AUGAUGAAUGCCUGGCUGCAGGCUGAACAUCAAACAUCUGGGAAGCCUGCAAGUCUGUCCAGGCAGGAAGAAGAUAUGAUGGACAGCAGGACUGGCUUUGAGCAGGACAGAGACUGUGCCACUUCAGGGCAUGGCCAGGGCCUGAAAUUGGAACCCUGUUUCCAGAAUGACUCUCUUUUGCCUUCCCCCAAAGCAUCCCUGAUACCACAGCUCCUCAGCCACACAAUGGUUGGCAGGAAACUAGAUCCCACCAUUCUUUUCCCUUCCUCUCAGGCAGUGGCCCUACCUCAAGACUACAAAUGUGGUGCAGGUCCUGGAGAAGAAGUACAAGCUCUGUCUUUCCCCAGGACCCGUGCCCCAGCUUCCGUGCCCUGUGCUCGUGAUGGGGACCAGCUCUCCAACCAGCACCCACGGGAGCAGCUCUGUGACCAGCAUUUGCGAGCCAAGCGGGCCAGGGUGGAGAGCAUCAUCCAGGGCAUGAGCCUCCCACCAACCCCUCAGGCAUUUGACACGAACCCAGAGGCAGCUUUUAGGCAUGAAAGAGGUGGUGAGAUGCCCCAGGAGAGUAAGAGGAAGCCAAGGGUGCCCCAGCAGGGCGUGGAGGCAGCUGGACAAGUGGCUCCCACAGAGGGCAACUCCCAUGCCAAGGGCUGCCAGCAGCUGAAAGAGCAGCUCUGCUUUUUAGAGCAGCAGUUGAAGUGGCUUCAGGAGAAGUUCUACCAAGUCUGUGACUCUGAGGACGCUGCCCAAACCCAGGAAGAUUCUGAGAAAGUGCAGCCGCUGCCUGGAAAGCCUGAAGACAGACUGAACAAGGACAUUGCCACUGCCACCAGCAACCUACGCAAAGUGCCUUGCAGGAGGAGUGUCCUGGAGGUGUGUGGGCUGGAGGAGGCUGAGGACAGAGGUGACACAGGUGGCCUGCCCUUGGCAGUGAGGGAUCUCUCACAGGCACUGAAGCAUGAGCUGACUGUGGUGACAUCCCAGGUAGUGGACUCUGUCCUGAAGACUCUCUGGCCAAAGGCAGACAGCCACAUCCAGAAGGAGCAGCACAGCCUUCCAAUGCUGGGGCCAGAUGCCAGGAGAGAGUAUUCAGCUGGUGGGAAAUGCAGAAAGCCACUUGCUAAGCCAUCUCCCAUGAAUGCACCAGGCUCCCUGGGCUCACCCCAGGCUGAAGUCCUGCCAGGAGCUCUGGGGAAGAGCCUGGGCGCUUAUGCUGGCUCCUUCAGUUCAAAGGGGGUCAGAAAACCCUCUAGGGUACCCAGCAUGGGUUAUUAUCUGGGCUCAGCCACCCCUGUCCAGCACAGCCAGCUGCUGAGCCAGCUGUUGGGCUAUGGCGAGCACAGCCUCUGGGGCAGUAACUCUCAUGAGAGCCCAUCUGCUCUGGAGAGGGUUUGUCCAGAGCCCCUCAACUUGCACUGGGGAACCGUUAAACUGAGGUCAUCGAUUAUGCAGGAGGCGCUGACUCCCGGGCACCUGAAGAAGGCCAAGCUGAUGUUUUUCUUCACCCGCUACCCCAGCUCCACUCUACUGAAGACCUACUUCCUUGAUGUGCAGUUCAGCCGCUGCAUCACCUCCCAGCUCAUCAAGUGGUUCAGCAACUUCCGUGAGUUUUACUACAUCCAGGUGGAGAAGUUCGCCCGGCAGGCCCUGCUGGAGGGUGUUGUGGAUGCUUGCACUCUCCAGGUCUCCCGGGACUCAGAGCUCUUCCGUGCCCUCAACAUGCACUAUAACAAGGGGAACGACUUUGAGGUGCCAGGGCGGUUCCUGGAGGUGGCCAGCCUGACACUGCAGGAGUUCUUCAGCGCUGUCAGGGCAGGCAAGGAUGCCGACCCCUCCUGGAAGAAACCCAUUUACAAAAUCAUUUCCAAACUGGACAGUGACAUCCCAGAAGGGUUCAAAGCUGCUGGCUGCUCCCAGGAACUGCUCCACAGCUGAGUCUCUG